AAUUUGUGAAUAAACUACAAUUGCCCUUAAUUCAAUUCAAUUAAAUCGAACUUUUCACUGAUUGACAACAAAACAAAUGAAAAUAUUUAUAAUGAACGAUCCAAAUGAAUGUUUGGUGUGUUUAUUCGCCUUUAUUUUCGAAAGCAGUUGGAAAAUGGCAUUACCAUCGAAUAUGAUAUUCCUUUAUAUCUUCAAUUUUAUUUUGAUGACUAUAUCGGAAAUCCGAACCAAUAAUGAAAUGAUAACGACGGCAACACAAAAAGAUCAUAUCUGUGAAAGUCUCAAGAAUAAUAAUAGCACCGAAUUCCACAUAGUAGCAAUUGGAACAACAUCCAAGAGAAUAUUGGUGAUAGCAAAUCAAUCCUUUGUGUAUGAUGUUAGAAUCAAUUCUUUGGAUGAGGCCCAUGAUAAAUUACAUCUACCAACCAAAUAAAUAUCCCCUUCCUUUUAAUAAUAAAAACUUUAUUAAUAACAACCAAUCCAAUACAUCCUCAAUAAAUAAUUACAUUCAUAAAAAAUAAAAAAUAUGUUA